CGGUAAAACAAAAUUACGGUGGAGCUGAUGCGUUGUCUUCUUCUUGACAAUGGUGUCCUCCACCGUUUCUGUUCCCCAAUUAAAUUACUCCACCACACCACCACCGACUCCCCUCGAUCUCCGGUGUGCCCUGCAUUGAAACUGGUUCUUCAAUCCACGAAUUGUUGUCGUCUCCACCACUUGAAGACUCCGGUGAAGAAAAUUUGUCGGAAUCGCCGACACACCAUAAGGUCGGUGUUCUUUACAUUCUCCGUCGCCACCGUGCUUACCACUGCCAUCGAUAGAGAUUUGGGACCAGUACAAGAGUAUCCAUAGGAAGCUGCCUUUCGACGAGGCUACGUUGACUCUCUCGCACUCCUCAGACAACCGGUUCAUCCAAUCAGCUUCCAUCCUCCGUCUCUCAGUCCUCUUUCUAUCUAACCCUACACGCCAUCGUCAACGAACAACCAUCCUCAGCAUUGUUACUGGCUAUGGCGCUACUUGAGGUACUUUACUCUUCAGCUUCGCUUCUUCUUCAACAUCUGAUGCCAACUGAGUUCAGGCCAUCGGCGGAGCUAAUCCGGCAGACCGCAGGGUGUAAAAAGUUGAAAUUGUGCCCAAACUUGACUUGUGCGCUUCUUCUACAGUUAUGCAAAUUUGCGACUUCAGUGAUCAAGACAGAGAAACAGGAUAUGUUAAAGAAAAGGAAUCUAAUUAUUUCAUAAUACUAGACAAUCUUGGAACCAUAUGUUCUUCAAAGAUCCUGAACAGGACCAUAUGAAGCUUCAAAUAAUUCGAUGCUUCUUAUAAGUUCAUUUUUCAGGUGUCUCCUUGCAUACGGUUUAACAAAUUAGGAAUUUUAUUAGUUGUUUCAACAAAUGAAAUGAACAUGUUUAUUUUACCUGAGGACAUUGAUUCUACAACAAGAGCAUAUUGGGAAAUCGGGGUUUGAUUGCUGAUGUUUUGACAAAGGAGGAUAGUGAUGGUGCAUAUACAAGUCGAGGUUAGAAGAGUUUACUAUUGAUUCUGUAAGGAGGGCAUAUUGGGAAAUCAAGGUUUCACUGCUGAUGCUUUGACAGAGUAGGAUAGGAUAGGAGGGUAAAGGGGUUGUUACCACAUACCAGCAUAGAUGCAGAUUACACUGUACAAAGAAUCCAAGGUAAUCAUUUUUCUUGAAUCUUGAUAACUCUUAUAAUCAAAAUGAUAUCAAAAACGGAUAAAUGGAUUCUUUAUGUGUUCACAUGUUCUUUUGCUCUAUCUUCUUCAUAUAUAUUCUGGUUUUCGUUUCCCAAAGAUUCAGUGUGUUUGUUUCUUUUUUGUUUAAUCCUUACACUUCAAAUUUGUAAACACCCAAAUAUCAGCUCCUCAAACGGCUUGCACCUUAUGAGGAAAAUCAUCAUAGAUAUUGGUUGAUUCAGUUGCUGUAUUUGGGGUUAGAUACUUAGAUGGUACUUUCUUUUUUUCAUCCAACACAACUACAUUUGACACCAACAAAUCUGGAAAAAAAAAAAAUGCCUUCCGACCCAUGCGAAGCCAUGGGUUCCUAUACUAGUUCAUAUGCUUAUUAUCUUGAACAAGUUGUAAC